GAGCUGCCCUUUUCUAUCUCUCACGCAAGAUAACAGCAUCCAGUCUGUCUCUCUCCCUCUCACCCUCUCGCAUUGUUCCAGCUGCCCUACAGUCAUUACCAGGAUCUGCUCCUCACACUGUGCAGCUAUUAGCAUCUCUCUGAUCUGUCUCUAACCCUGAUCUGCACUCCCAGACUCUACUUAUCUUCCCUACAUAUUUGCCAGGUAUUUUCCAGAUUUAUUCCAUUCCUAUUGAUACUGUUGUAUCUGGAUUCAGAAAGCAGACAGUUGAUUCUAGUAACGAUCUGGACAAGAUGGCUCAGGUGUGUACGGGAUCAGAUGUGGAACAGCCUUUUGUGAAACCUCUCUUUUGUCGAAAGGGAGCUCUCAGGCAAAAACUGGUACAUGAGGUCAAGAGUCACAAGUUCACUGCCAGAUUCUUCAAGCAGCCUACCUUUUGCAGCCACUGUACUGACUUCAUUUGGGGAAUUGGAAAACAAGGGUUCCAGUGCCAGGUUUGCAGCUUUGUGGUUCACAAGCGAUGCCAUGAAUUUGUCACUUUUGAAUGUCCUGGUGCUGGUAAAGGGCCACAUUCAGAUGAUCCUCGCAGCCGACAUAAAUUCAAGGUCCACAGCUACAGCAGUCCUACUUUCUGUGACCAUUGUGGUUCCCUACUUUAUGGAAUGGUCCAUCAGGGAAUGAAAUGUGCUUGCUGUGAGAUGAAUGUACAUAAACGCUGUGUUCAGAGUGUACCCAGUCUAUGCGGUGUGGAUCAUACCGAGCGUCGGGGUAGAAUGCACAUCAGAGUGGAAGCAAUUAACGAUGAAGAAUUUCAAGUCACAGUGGGGGAAGCUAGAAACCUCAUUCCCAUGGAUCCAAAUGGUUUAUCAGAUCCCUAUGUAAAACUGAAGCUAAUUCCAGAUCCAAAGAACCUUACUAAACAGAAAACAAGAACUGUAAAAUCUACCCUUAAUCCACUUUGGAAUGAAACCUUCCUAUUCUCCCUAAAGACUGGAGAUGAAGACCGCCGUCUCUCUGUUGAAGUUUGGGACUGGGAUCGUACUUCUCGAAAUGACUUCAUGGGUUCCAUGUCAUUUGGUGUCUCCGAAAUAAUGAAGAAUGCAGUAGAUGGCUGGUACAAGUUAUUGAAUCAAGAAGAAGGCGAGUAUUACAAUGUCCCUGUAGCUGAUGACGCAGAUGACUUUGGACUCCGACAAAAGUUUGAGGCGUGCAAUUUCCCACUUGAACUUUAUGAGAAAGUAAGACGAGGUCCAGGUCCUAGUCCAAGUCCCACGGAUUCCAAACGUGUGAGCUUCUUUGGUACCAGUCGCUUUCACAUCUCUGAUUUUAACUUCCUUAUGGUGCUUGGCAAAGGAAGUUUUGGAAAGGUAAUGUUGGCAGAGAGACGGGGGUCUGAUGAACUUUAUGCCAUCAAGAUCCUGAAAAAGGAUGUGAUCAUUCAAGAUGAUGAUGUGGAGUGUACCAUGGUGGAGAAACGAGUGUUGGCUUUGAAUGAUCGACCUCACUUCCUCACACAACUUCAUUCAACAUUCCAAACAGUUGAUCGUCUGUAUUUUGUUAUGGAGUAUGUGAAUGGAGGAGAUCUCAUGUACCACAUACAACAGGUUGGCAAGUUCAAGGAGCCCCAUGCUAUGUUCUAUGCUGCUGAGAUUGCCAUUGGACUAUUCUUCCUCCACAACAAAGGGAUUAUCUACAGAGAUUUGAAGUUGGAUAACGUGAUGCUGGAUGCUGAAGGACACAUUAAAAUAACAGAUUUUGGCAUGUGUAAAGAGAAUAUAUACAGCGGGUCCACCACUCGCACAUUUUGUGGUACUCCUGACUACAUAGCUCCAGAGAUAAUAGCUUACCAGCCUUAUGGAAAAUCAGUGGAUUGGUGGUCAUAUGGUGUUCUAUUAUAUGAAAUGUUGGCAGGGCAGCCACCUUUUGAUGGAGAAGAUGAAGAUGAAUUAUUUCAGUCUAUCAUGGAACAGACUGUAUCUUAUCCCAAAUCUCUCUCAAGAGAAGCUGUCUCAAUAUGCAAAGGGUUACUUACAAAACAUCCACUGAAACGCCUUGGUUCCGGGUGUGAUGGAGAGCGAGAUAUACGGGAUCACGCAUUUUUCCGUUGGAUUGAUUGGGAACGUUUAGAACGCCUGGAAAUUCAGGCUCCUUUCAAGCCACGACCUUGUGGAAAGAGUGGUGAAAAUUUCGACAAGUUCUUCACCCGAGCUCCUCCAGUUCUUACACCUCCUGACCAAAUGGUCUUAGCUGGAAUUGACCAGAGUGAAUUUGCUGGAUUCACCUUCAUUAAUCCAGAGUUUAUCCACACUAACCCACACAGUCCAGUGCCCAUCUCCCUGGUGUGACCUCUCCAUAUGUGGUGGGAAACAAAUAUGAAAGUGGUUUUCUCCAGUCCCCCAUCCUUUGGCCAGCAUGGUAUUCUCCUAAGUAAUGGCUUUUUUGGCAAAUCCUGCCCCAUUCUCCCUCUUUUCCCCUACCUGCAUCUUGGAAAAGCAUUCAGUGUUGUAAUGUGCUGUGUGAGGGGACCGGGAUGCAAAAGUGAAUCCAUUCCUUCCGGGAUCUGACACUGAUCUGGCAUUUCACUAAAAUGAGACUUUGUGAAAAGCUGAUGAAGUUUUACAUUUUUGUGGUUCCCCUUUGGGUUGUUCAGUGUCUUGGGAUAGUGCGAUGAAGAGUUGAACCUUUGCUGUAAUACCUGCAAUGGGAUUGAGAUACACCUCAGAUGGAAUACUUAUGUAGGAAUCAGAGAGCUUGAUGAAGAGCUGAAUUUAUUUUAGAGGUCUUGGACUGGAAUAUGAGCUGCAAACCUUGAAGUCAUGUAGGAGUGUGGUAUCUCGCUGCAUGGUCACACUUGAAAUAAACCACAGACUGACUUUCCGUUAGAUAGACAAUACGUUAUAUCCCCAUUUAGUUUUACCAGUUAUCACCCGGAAUGGACAAAACACUGACUGCAUCUUCCCCAAAAAUUGCAUCUAGCCUUGGCAUGCAUGACCUUUUAAAAUCUUUGUAGGUGUACAAUAUAUUUAGAUGUUAUCCUGUUCAAGUAACUCGAGAUGUCACCUGGAUGAAAGAUCAUACCUCAGUGAUAAAUGUUUAGUUAUUCUGAUCAUCUGCUUAUGUGCAUGGGCUGGAAGAUCAUAUACCAUGUAAACAUAUUCGCUAGUUUGAUCAUUUUAUCUAGGCUUUUCCGGACUUGAUUCAGGAAAAGAGUGCAUUGGAACAGAAAACAGAAAAUCGGCCAGGGCUUCCAUGGAUGUAUUUCUAAACAUGGCGCCCCUUCCAUGUAUGCACAUUAGGAAUGCUAAACAUUUAAAUCAGAAUGUAGUCUUCAGUACCAGGAUGUGAUAUAUUUAUUAAUUGAUGGUACUGGGUUAAAAAUCCUGAUAUGCCAUUUUAGAGGUAUCCUGGAACUUGGCUCUUCCUCAAACAAGUCUAUCCUGGUUUUGUGUUACAUAAUAAAGGCACCUCAUACAUUUGUGUAGAGAAAAGAAACAGCUGAUACUUGUUGAGUAAACCAACUGAUUAGUACGACAGUGGAGGAUGCAAGAGAAAUUAUGCAGAUUUUGGCAUAGGGUAUGGCUUGCACACAUCUGCACAGCUGUAAAUGUCACCAUGUUAUUUGCCAGUAAAUGUUAGAAUUAUUUAAUUUGAAGGACUAAUCACCCACACUUUAACACGUUAUUCCUUGUUAUCUAGCAUUUUCGUGAUGCAGGAGCCUCUGGUACGUGUUGUCUAUUGGUUCUGUAGUGUCAUUAAGAGCUCUAGAGUGACCGAUAAGGAGGUCCCAAACUUAGUAAUAAUUCACCAAGAUCUAGCAUUGUGUGCAUUAAGGUAAUUUGUAUAAGAUAGAAGAUAGAAGGACAACUAAUGUGGCAAAAGUGAAAAUGCAAGAACAAGUUAGUCAUUAUGUAAGAUCAUUUUAAUUAGGCACACUGAUAACAGAAGCAAAGUGGAGUGUUGUCAAAAUAAAAGACCAUAAAUAUACAAGUCAGUUUAUUAUAGUACUUGUUAGUUGGCACAUGAAUACAGCAAAUUACAUUGAAAUGAUAAGGUCACUGUUCUUUUUCUGAGCUGUCUUCAACACAAGGCUGGUUUGUGACUCAAUACUGUUUAACCCAUUACUGAAACUCUGACAGUAAUAAGGCUAAAAGCUGCUUUCUAUAAUUAGAAAUGUGAACAAAUAAGGUGCAUGCUUUACAUUGUUAUUAUUUAGAUGAUAAUGUCAUUUAUAUUAUUUCUAUAUUAUAUAUGUUAUUCAUAAAGAUGUAUGUUAAUAUGGGUCAACUGAAAGCAUUUAUUACUAAAGGAACAGUUAAUAUGGCCUGCCCUCUAACCAUUAGUUUGAGUCAUUCGGUACUGAAGUAGUUAAACCCUUCACUAGGAACAAAGAUUAUGCACAGUUAUUUGUUUCCAAUGUCUUGAACUGCAAAACAAACUUUUACCAUAAAUCUUACUUAUGUUCUCCAUCUUUCUACUGCUGGUACUAAAUUGGCUGUUCAGUCUCUCUGCCUAGGUUGGGGUGUCUACAAAUGCUGUUAAACAUUUUCUCCUCCAUCACUGCAUGAAUCAUAAACUGCAUCCAAAGGCGAAGCAGGAGCUUGAGAUGGCCAUGAUCACACAUUAGGACGUUACGUUACGUUUUUUUUCCUCUAUUUUAAAAAGUUAAACAGUUUUAGCCACGCAGCUUUGUUUCUGUGUUUAUUCAUGUGUUUAUUUGUCGUUUUGCUUAUAUAGAGUCAUAAUCUUUAAGAAAUAAUAAUAACAAUGAUGCUUCAGCAAAAACACACCAAGAUCAAAAGGACAUAAUGUAUAGGGAUCUCUAAAUGUAACCAAAAUGAACCAGUUGCUACCUUAAUUAACUCUGCAAAAAUUUAAGAACCAAAUCACAAAAACAUUAAGAAAGAAAGGGUACAUAGUUGUUAAUGUCUAUACCAAACUACAAAAGUGUCCCUUGUAUAAAUAGUAUACACUAAAUACCUGAUUGUCUCAGAUAUAAUAUUUAUACAAUGGACCGUUUUGUAGUUUGGUAGAUUUAAUAAUGCAAAUAUGAUAUCCUAUUCUACAGGAGCUGGGUAAGGCCAUUACAAGAGAUUUGUGCAAGUUACAUUUACUACGUGAUUCAUAAAGUAAUUGACAUUAUUGUGAUAUUACAUUUUAAUCUAUGAUUUUUUUACAUGAGUUAUUUGGUAAUGUAAUAUGUGAUACAAGACACAUGUCUACAUUUUGUCUUCCUUAACAGUACCCUUUGGUUUGGUUUCUAAAAAUGCUUGCAGAUUCAAUUGAAAUAUACUUUUUGUCAAAUUUAAUGUAUGCGACAAAAAAAUAAUUUUAUGCGGAUAUGUCAGAACAUAUAGAAAGCAAUGGGCACUGCAUAAUCCAAAUAUUUUAUACUCCCAACAUUUAUGCAAAAAAACAAACUAAUUAAUAAUUUAAAUUUCAGCAAUUUUUGAUAAUUUAAGUGUC